UGUUUGGCAGCUGCACCUCAUGGCAACAAGCGGCUGCGUGGCUGCUGGGAGGAGGAAGAGGAGGAAGGUGAACAGCGUGAAGGAAAAUGUUUCAAAUAGACGGACGAGCAGAGAAGGAGCAGACUGGAGAAAAUCUCAAGGAGCCACAUCAGCUGUAAACAGAGUGACACCGAGCUCCUGGCACCACCGGUUGCUGUCUCGUGAGCCUUGGAGGAUCUAAAGAGGUCAAUGUUUCUGAGUUUCCAGUCAGAAAAACAAAAGGCAGUGUAGUCACUGAGAGAGUCAGAGAUUUCCAAGCAGAUCUGCAGAAAUAAAAGAUUUAUCAGCUGUUUGAAGGUGUUAUUGAAGUUCUGGCGGACAUGGAACAAAGUGGGACAAAGUUCUGGGUGUGAACAGUUGAGCUAUGGGAAAAAAUGAUGACAAAGAUUCUUGGAGUGGUAAAGAUUUUCUGUCUCAAAGCAUGAGGAAGUUUAAAUCAGACUUAAAGUCUGGAAGCUCCAAGAAGACACAACAGCCCAUCCUGGACAUUUUCAAAUCGACUAAAAACACCUCAGUCCAACUUGAGUCGGCGUCUUUCCAUGACAGCAGGCCCAUUGCUGCAGACGAUGGACCAAAGGAAACUCGGCAAAGAGAGACCAGACAGAACGAUGACGAUGGAAACCUGGACUAUCACAUCGGCCUUGUGUUGGAAGACAGAUAUGAAAUUUCUUCCACGCUGGGAGAAGGCGCUUUUGGGAAAGUAGUGGAGUGUAUUGACAGACACAGAGGUCAGCGUGUGGCUGUAAAAAUUGUGAAGAAGUUUGAGAGUUUCUGUAAAGUUGCGAGAUCAGAGAUCACCGUGCUUGAGGAGAUCAACGGCCUGGACGACGACAACAGAUUCCCCUGUGUGAGGAUGUUGGACUGGUUCAAGCAUAAAUCCCACAUCUGCAUUGUUCUGGAGCGUCUCGGUCCCAGCACCUUCGACUUCCUGCGACAGAACGACUUCGUCCCUUUCAGUGUGGAGCAGAUCCGACACGUAGCCUUCCAGAUCUUCAGAGCGGUCAGCUUUCUGCACCGUAACAAGCUGACCCACACAGACCUGAAGCCUGAGAACAUUCUGUUUGUCAGCUGUGACUGCAACACGGAGUACAGCCAACAGACGAACUGUAAGCAUACAAAACCAAGGAGUCUAGACAUAAAGGUUGUGGAUUUUGGCACCGCUACCUUUGACCACCAACACCAUGAGACUCUGGUGUCGACACGGCACUACAGAGCACCAGAGGUCAUACUAGAUCUGGGCUGGAACCAGUCAUGUGACGUGUGGAGUCUGGGCUGCGUUCUCAUCGAGUAUUACCUCGGACGAACACUGUUCCCUAGUCAUGACUGUGGAGAACAUCUGGCCAUGAUGGAGAGGGUCCUGGGACCGAUUCCACCCCACCUUCUGAAACAGACCAGGAAGAAGAAGUUUGUUAAAAAUGAGCGUUUGAACUGGAAUGAUGCGAGUUCCUCUGAAGAUGAUAUUCGGAAACACUGCCAGCCUCUGACGCAGUACAUGAGAACAAACAGUGAGGAGGAGAAGCAGCUGUUUGACCUGCUGGGCUGCAUGCUGGAGUACGACAUCAGCAGGCGGAUCACUCUGGAAGAAGCGCUGUGGCAUCCGUUCUUCUGCCCACUGAGAACACAGCAGCAACCGCAGCAGCAACCGCAGCAGCAACCGGAGCAGCAACCAGAGCAGCAACCAGAGCAGCAACCGGAGCAGCAACCGGAGAAGCAACCGCAGCAGCAACCGCAGCAGCAACCAGAGCAGCAACCGGAGAAGCAACCGCAGCAGCAACCGGAGCGAAGCUAACGAGAACGCAGUCUUGGUCUACCUCACCCAAGAAAUGGUUGUUACAUGUGGUUUAGUUGUGUUUGUGAGAGCAUUCCUGUUUAUAUUGCCCUGCAGCUGUUCCACAUUCAUUUAAUCAGUUUCGCCUGUUCCUACUGAGCUCUAUUGUCAUAUCACACACUAGCUGUGUUUCUUUUACAAAUGAGCCCAAAACUUUGUCAAUAAAAAACACUUUUUUUUUUUUUUUUUAGUUUUGGUGUUCCCAUUAAAUAAGAAAUGAUUUCAUGUUGUCUUUUUCUUGUUUGCACCAAUGUUAACAUCCGGUUGUUGAUCAUGUGGCUCUUGUGAUGUGAAAAAAGUGUUUCCAUUGUAGAUUUGUGAAAUCAACCAAUUGUGAUACAAUUACCUCACUCGAGUGUCAAAACUUCUUUUUUUUCUAAUCAAAAAUCAAGUUUUUCAAAAUUGCUCUGUUUUCAUUAAGCAAAUGAAUUUUCAAAAUAUUGAACUGUGCAAUUUUCAGUGGAAAAGCAGCCAGUGUGUUGUUACCACACACGUUUCUUUCCUCACAUCUUUCUAAACUACUCUUGUUUUCCCUCCAGUUUCAUGAGUUUUGUUUGCUUAUAUUUAUGAUUAAAAUUAAUUUUCACUGCCUACCUUUUGCUUGGUUUUGGGUUCUGCUAAUCAACAACAACAAAAAAUAACGUUAAAGAAAAUUGGCAAAACAGUGUCAAAAAGUUGUAUGUAUUUCGCUCUAACUGUCUGUAUUAACAGAAAAAAUGGUGUGAAGUACAUCACUUAGUGACUAUCACUUGAAUUUAGAAAAUAAAACAAAUUAACUUCUGAAUCAUA